AUGGGCAAGCUACUCUCGCUCGGCGCAAGGCUGCGCUACCCGAUCACUGUUACAAAACUACUCAAGAGCCCCGGCGACACCAUCAAGAAGCAGGAGAGCAUCCUCGAAUACUCGUACAAGUCCAUGCGCGAGUUCGGCGACCCCAUCGCCGGCGAAACCUGGCAGGAGGAGGUGACGACCAUCGCUGGCUGGGAUAGUCCCGCCGAGGGUACCCUCAAGGAAUGGCGCCUCAAGGAGGGCAUGACCAUCGCACGCGACGCGCCCUGCAUGCUGGUCGAGGAGGCCUGCUCCCACGAGAUCCAGUUCCAGGGCCUAUGCGCCAUCUGCGGCAAGGACAUGACCGAGGUCAACUGGGCCAGCGACCAGCGCGAUACCCAGCGCGCCACCAUUAACAUGACCCACGACCAGACCGGCCUCAUGGUCAGUGGCGACCUGGCCGCCCGCGCCGAACACGAAACCCAGAAGCGUCUCCUGCGCCAGCGCAAGCUGAGCCUCGUUGUCGAUCUCGACCAGACCAUCAUCCACGCCUGCAUCGAGCCCACCGUCGGCGAGUGGAUGGAGGAUCCAUCAAAUCCAAACUACGAGGCUGUCAAGGACGUCAAGAGGUUCCAGCUCAACGACGAGGGCCCCAGGGGCAUGGUCACCUCGGGAUGCUGGUACUACAUCAAGAUGCGCCCCGGCCUCGCCGAGUUCCUCGAAAAGGUCGCCGAGCUGUACGAGCUCCACGUCUACACCAUGGGAACACGCGCCUACGCCCUCAACAUUGCCAAAAUCGUCGAUCCCCAGCAGAAGCUGUUCGGCAACCGCGUCAUCAGCCGCGACGAGAACGGCAGCAUGAUUUCCAAGAGUCUCCAGCGCCUGUUCCCCGUCAACACCAACAUGGUCGUCAUCAUCGACGACCGAGCCGACGUCUGGCCGAACAACCGGCCCAACCUCAUCAAGGUUGUGCCGUACGACUUCUUCAAGGGCAUCGGCGACAUCAACUCGAGUUUCCUCCCCAAGAGGCAAGACAUCCUGCCCGCGCCACCCGAACCAGAAGCGAAGCCUGCACCGGAAGCGCCCAAACCCGUCGAGACGAAACCAGAGGAAACACAGCCCAACGGCAAGGUGUCGGCCCUGGACGAGCUCGUCAAGAUGAGCAGCGGCGACGACAAGGUGCUCCAGGCGGCGCAGACCGGAGAGCAGGAGAAGCUGCUGGAGCAGCAGAUCAAGGAGAGGCCCCUUCUCCACAUGCAGGAGGAGCUGGACAAGCAAGACGAGCAGAAGGAAAAGGCUACACAGGACGCCGAAGACGGCCCGCACAUCAUGACAGUACAACACCGAUCCCAGGUCCUCCGCGACGACGAUGCGGAGUUGAUUUACCUACAGCAGCAUCUUACCGAGCUGCACCAGAAGUUCUACGAGGAGUACGAUGAGAAGCGCGCUGCUGCGCCGGCGCACUCGGCUCCGCGCAAAAAGCCCGGCGACGAGAACAUCGACCUCGCCGCGGUCCCCGACGUCGGCUAUGUCCUCGACACGAUGAAGGCCUCGACUCUCCAAGGCACCACCAUUGUGCUGUCCGGCCUCGUUCCCCUCGGCGUGGACGUGCUGCAGUCCGAGAUCGGCAUCCAGGCCAUGAGUUUUGGUGCUCAAAUAUCCACCAGGGUGUCGAAGAAGGUCACACAUCUCGUCAUAUCCACGUCACGGCCACGGACGCAAAAGGUCAGGCAGGCGGCCAAGAUCCCCAGCAUCAAGAUUGUCAGCCAGAACUGGCUGUCGGACUGCCUGAGUCAAUGGCAGCACGUUGACGAGACGCCCUACCUGGUAGAGGUCCACCCGGCGGACCGACGCCAUCAUGCCGCUUCCGAGACCACGGACGCCGACACGGUCUCCGACGUCGACGGCGAUGAUCUGUCGAGGCCGCACCUGACCAUCAUUGACGAGACGGGCGAGCACCGUAUCCUCGAGGAAGACGAGGACGCCUCGGAUGAAGACGACGGCGACCAAGACGGGGAUGACGACAACCUGAUGCCAGACUUUGAGGACGGCCAGACCAGCCCGAUUGACGACCUUAAAACAUUCGACUGGGAGGGCGUGGACGACGAGAUGAAGGAGUUCCUCGGCAGCGACGACGAUAGUUCGGAUGCCGACACGGAGAGUCACAGCGGCGACACCGAGGCCGGCGACGAGCCGCCGCCAUCGUCUCAAGACUCGGCGAACUCGUUCGCCGGUGGCGGCACCAAGAGAAAGGCAGCGGACGACGACACGGCUUCCGACGAAGGUGGAAGCGCCCUCUCCAAGAAGCAACGCGUGGCCAAGAGUCGCGGGGCCUCCAAGCUGAGCUCCGUCAGGACACCCAACGCCGAAGACAACGAAUCGAGCAGCCUGCCCACCCCUCAAGUCACGGGCGACGAGGAGGACGUCUCGCUCGUGCCCGACGGCGGUGCGGUGGACGGGGGCGACGACUUUGACGAGGACGACCUUGAGGCCGACCUCGAGGCCGAGCUGGCGGCUGCCGGAGACGACUAG